AACAGUAUUGUGUAAAAGAACGUUAUUUAAAAGGGACUACUGUGUAAAUUUUAUUGUAUUUCUGUAUUAACAUUGAACCGCAUUAAAGUAUCAUACCCAAAUAAUUUGUUUAAACUGUUAUUUAUAUUAGACAAAAAUGGCGCGAAAUGCAGAAAAGGCUAUGACCACGCUCGCUCGAUGGAGAGCAGCACAAAGCAACGAAGGAGCUAGAAAAGAACAAGAAAGAAGACCAUACUUAGCUUCUGAAUGCAGAGACUUACGGAAGGCAGAGAAGUGGAGGAUGCAGAUAAUCAGAGAAAUCGCUAAGAAAGUUGCACAGAUACAAAAUGCCGGUCUUGGAGAGUUUCGUAUCCGAGACUUGAACGACGAAAUUAAUAAAUUAUUAAGAGAAAAACGGCAUUGGGAGGCUCAAAUAAAGGAAUUGGGUGGUCCUGAUUACUCUAGAGUUGGACCGCGUAUGUUAGACCAUGAAGGUCGUGAGGUACCUGGAAAUCGUGGUUACAAGUAUUUUGGAGCAGCAAAGGAGUUACCAGGAGUCAGAGAAUUGUUCGAACAAGAACCACCGCCUCCUCCACGUAAAACACGUGCGGAGUUAAUGAAGGACAUCGACGCUGAUUACUAUGGUUACAGAGACGACGACGAUGGAAUUUUACUACCUUUAGAACAGAAAGCCGAACAAGAAGCAAGACAAAAAGCAGUAGAUGAAUGGCUAGCGGAGAACGAAAAGAAAUCAGAGGAGGAAGACGAAGAAAUCGAAACAACCGCUCAGAAAGCGAUACCCUCUCAGCAAGAUAUUCAGGAAGCGUUACUCGUAAGAAAAAAGCAAGAACUAUUAGAGAAAUAUGUACUUUGACAGAUUUUAUUCCUUUUUCAUUUUUCUUUUGUAUGCCUUCGAUAACAACUAUUUGUAAGUUUAUUUGUUUAAUUGUAUUAGAGUACACUUUUAUAAAACGCGACAGAUAUAAUAAUUAUUAUUAUUAAUUUAUAAGUAAUAACAUUGAUUAAUGUAAUUAUUUUGUGCAGUAGACGUUCAAACUUCAAUUAAUACUUAUUCGAGAAAGAGUGCUGUAGAUAAAAUAUAGAUAAAAAUCCAACGGUAGUCUGUUUAUAAUCCUCGCGAUCCUUACUCUUCUUUUUAUUUUUUCUUCUCUUUUCUCAUUUUUCUUUUCGAUAAUAAGCACCGAACACUCGAGAAAGCGACACAAUAGAAUAGAACAUCAGAGAAUAAGACAGUAUGAAUUUGUGAGAAUAUCUUCGCUGUAUACAUUCGUACUUGCCAAAUGUUAUAUAUUAAAUUGCUGCAUAUCAAAUCAAUCAUUUGAUCUGCAACAAUCCAACAGAUUAAACGAAAAA